AUGGAACAAACCUCGUAUAUAAUAGUGGUAAAGUUGGGAACCUCGUCCAUAGUGGAUGAGCAAACCAUGGAACCACGGUUGGCCAAUUUGUCUCGUAUAGUGGAGACACUUGUCAAGCUUCGGAGACAGGGCCAUCGGAUCAUUAUUGUGUCUUCUGGUGCCAUUGCCAUUGGAAUGAAAACCAUGGGAUUGUCAUCUAAGCCUGCUGCGCUUUCCGAGGUUCAGGCUUUGGCGUCCAUAGGUCAAUCUCGGCUCAUUGGGUUAUUUGAUACACUUUUCCGUCAAUUUGAUCAGAGAAUCGCCCAAAUUUUAUUCACAAGAAACGAUAUUCUGGACUUUAACCAAUACAAAAACGCCAUAAAUACCCUCCAGCAGCUCAUGCUGAUGGGUGUGAUACCAAUUGUCAAUGAAAAUGAUACAUUAUCUGUUUCUGAAAUCAAGUUUGGUGAUAAUGAUACCCUUUCGGCUAUUACCGCAGGAAUGGUUCAUGCUGACUAUCUUUUCCUCAUGACCGAUGUUCCUUGUUUGUACACAGACAACCCGAGAAGCAACCCAGAUGCCCAGGCUGUGUUGUUGGUGGAAAAAAUGGAAAAUUUGGACAUCAAGUCGGACUCCAAAGCCGGUGCUGGUUCUAAGGUUGGAACCGGUGGAAUGACCACAAAAUUAAUAGCUGCCGAGCUCGCAACAAAUGUUGGUGUUCAUACCAUUAUUGCGCUUUCCACUCAGCCCAACUAUAUUCUUGAUAUUGUCAACAAUAUUGUGGAAAUGGAUAAACUCAAACUUACCAUGGAAGAGCAAACCGAAUUUGUCGAUCGGGCCAUAAAAGAUGGAAAGAUUCCCUUGCACACAAGAUUUCUUGGACUUCCUAGGCAAACAAAGAUCAUUUCCGAUAAGCGGUUCUGGCUUCUUCAUGGAAACAAAACUAAAGGUGCUCUUAUUAUAGAUCAAGGCUGUUUUGAAGCUCUCACUCGAAAGAAUCGUGCCGGUUUACUUCCAGUGGGAAUUGUUGGAGUUGAAGGAAGCUUUCACGAUAGUGAGUCUGUGUCCCUAAAGGUCGUUCCUACUAAAGACUCAGACCCAUCUGAGGCAGUUCUUGUUGGAAACUGUAGAGUCAAUUACAGCUCCAAUGAAAUUGAACUUAUAAUGGGAAAACAUAGUCACGAAAUCGAAAGCAUAUUGGGGUUUGCAGAUAGUGAGUAUGUUGCUCACAGAGACAACAUUGCAUUUCCUCCGUUUGCACCUUCUACGGACUCAUUGGCAUGA